GGUCACCGAGCCUCUCUUUCACUUCCGGGUGAUGUUGACUGCAAAGCGGCAGAGACCGCCCUGCUCCGCUAACGAUUCUCACCACCACCCAAAGAUUGCAUUAUUCGGUCAUUUUUACAGCUAAUAUCCCCGCCAGAGUCGGUCUGUUACACACUGGUGCUGUCUCAUCGCUGUAAAGACAGAAACGUCCCACCAAUGAGCUGCUGGCUUGGAGCUAACGGGCUAGCACGGAGCUAACAGGCUAACGGGUUCAUGUCGGGCGGAGCUGCUGUGAGCUCGGAGAUUUCUACGACGAGCUGGCGGCUCUUCACCCUAUCCUGUCCGUCAACUUCCUGCUCAGGGGCUUCACACACUCGGUCAUCGUUGCUCUGUCCGUCUGCUCUGCAGCUGCGUCGGACCGGCCUGACGCCUGCCAACACAGGGCACAGCCAGUCAAAACUCAUGCUAACAACAGCUCCUGGAUCUUAAAGACACACCUUCAGGAGAGUCGCUGUGCUGCCUUCACAUAUCGAGCCCACAAGUGUUCAGACGGAGGAGGCGGUCCUCGAAACGGAGCCGCAAAGCUAGCGAUGCCCGGAUCCACGCCGGCCAGCAGCAAGGCUCGGGUGUACACCGACGUCAACACACAGAAGAACAGAGAGUACUGGGAUUAUGACGCACACGUGCCAAACUGGAGCAAUCAGGACAACUAUCAGCUGGUCCGUAAGCUGGGCAGGGGGAAAUACAGCGAGGUGUUUGAGGCCAUAAAUGUGACCAACAAUGAGAAAGUGGUGGUGAAAAUCCUGAAGCCAGUGAAGAAGAAGAAGAUCAAACGUGAAAUCAAAAUUCUUGAGAACCUGCGUGGAGGAACCAACAUCAUCCGCCUGGUGGACACUGUCAAAGACCCUGUGUCCAGAACUCCAGCGCUCGUCUUUGAGUGCAUCAAUAACACAGAUUUUAAGGAGCUUUACCAGAAGCUGACAGACUAUGAUAUCCGUUACUACAUGUAUGAGCUUCUCAAGGCUCUGGACUACUGUCACAGCAUGGGCAUCAUGCACCGGGAUGUGAAGCCGCACAACGUGAUGAUCGACCACCAGCUCAGAAAGCUGCGUCUCAUCGAUUGGGGUUUGGCCGAGUUCUACCAUCCCGCUCAGGAAUACAACGUCAGGGUGGCCUCUCGUUAUUUCAAAGGCCCCGAGCUGCUAGUGGACUAUCAGAUGUACGACUACAGUCUGGACAUGUGGAGUUUAGGCUGCAUGUUGGCCAGCAUGAUCUUUCUGAAGGAACCGUUUUUCCAUGGCCAGGACAACUACGACCAGCUGGUCCGCAUCGCUAAGGUCCUGGGCACCGACGAGCUCUUCGGUUACCUGCACAAGUAUCACAUAGAGCUGGACACUCGCUUUAAAGACCUGCUGGGACAACAAACCCGUAAGCGCUGGGAGCAGUUCAUCCAGUCAGAGAACCAACACCUGGUCAGCCCCGAGGCCCUGGACCUGCUGGACAAACUGCUGCGCUACGACCACCAGCAGAGGCUGACGGCGGCCGAGGCCAUGCAGCACCCUUACUUCUAUCCUGUGGUGAAGGAACAUGCAAACGCCAACACAGACGGCACAAAGGCCAUCAGCAGCUCGAACGCUACAUGAUGAGCAGAGAGCAGGACGAUUCUUUGUUACCUCAACGUGUGACCUUUUCGUGGCAGAACUCUCUGCCUCCACAUGGACAGCCAUACAGGAGCAAGAUGUCAGUUUAACACAAACACAGAUUAUACUCCGUCUCCCUGCAGCCCGGGGAUCUGUGCUGCUGGGUCCACGUCACAGAUAAACACGAUCUGGACUCAGGUCUGACCCCCUCUCCUCCCCUCUCCUCCCCUCCUCCCCCCUCCCUCCUGUUUCUAAAGAGUGAGCAGAGUGACUGUGGUUGGAUCGUGUCACGCCGGUGUUGUGCUGUAAAGACGUUUGUCCGUCACUACGACGCUGAGCUGAGCUGAGAUCCAGCUCCAGGUUUUAGCUCGGAGCGGCUCGGAGGCUCCGCUCUGCUCUGAUAGAACAAAAGCUAUAUUAAGAGAAUAAACCGUUUUUAUUUAAAGGA